AUGAAGAAUUACAAUUCAUAUCAAUAAUUGUAAGAACAUUUGGAUUUCAACACUAUUCAUGUCUAGGAUAAUAUCUCAAAAAAAUUUAUUGUAAUUCUUUUUGGUAAUGAGUAGAUUAUUGCAAUUUUAUAUGGGUCCUUACUGUAAAUUCACCAAUUUAUAAUUCGAGAUUUAUAUAUAAAAUAGUAACAUGGUUGGAUUAUAGAUUUAUUUGAGGAUUGCCAUAUUUUUUACAUGUCCCUAAGUAAAUCAAUUCGUAAAAAAGAAUAAGAUAAAUUUCCUAUAUAAUGUGCAAAUAUAGCAUCUAUAGUGUAUUUACAUAGACAUAAAUUAGUUUUAAUGUGAGUUUAGUAGGAGGAAAAUUAUUUGGUGAAGUUGGAUGGAUUUCAAAGGUCGGCAUCAUUAUUACGUUUUGCAGUUCUGAUGCGUUGUGUUUAUUAUGGUCCAAAUUUAUUGUUCUUGGAUGA